AUGUUGAUCAAUCUGAUCAAUCCAGCCAGAAUCAAAGGAAAAAAAAUGGAAAAUGCUAAUAUAGAUGAAUGGGCACAAUGGAUCGAGGAUAGAAUUGCUAAAGGUUAUAUUAAUUAUCAUGAUUAUAAUGAAUUUCAAAAUAUAAAUUGUAUAGGUACUGGAGGUUUUGGUAAAGUUUAUCGAGCUACUUGGGAGAGUUCAGAUACUGUUGUUGCAUUAAAAUAA